AUGCUCCCGAGAGUGGCCCGACUGAGUCCUCUGUGGCACGCUAGAUCGCCAUUACGGCCUCUGCCUGUCCGAUCCCUCUUUCUGCGACCCUCUUCGCCCUCCGUCUACCCUACACUUGCCGCUCGACCCUUCUCUUCGUACCUCCCAAUCCUCAAUCAGAACAAGUCCAAAGGUAUCUCCGACGAUGACGCGACUCCCGUGAACGUGUCUCCUUCCGAGCGAGCCAAGGCUGCUGGCGACAUCAAUCUCCAAGCAAAACUCACGUCCCGUAAUUCUGACAAGAACCAGGGAGUUGGAGACAUUUUCCGGCUCUUCCGACUCGUGAAGGACGAGGUGUGGCCGCUCAUUGGAGCUUUCACGCUGCUGUUCCUGUCGGCCGCUAUCUCCAUGACCGUGCCCCUCUCCAUUGGUAAGAUCAUGGAUGUUGUUUCCGAGGACGAAAAGGACCCAGAGGAUGCCGACCAACGAAAGGUUUUCGGACUGCCGUUGAAGCAGUUCUACAUUGCCCUUGGAGGUCUGUUCAUCAUCGGAGCCAUGUGCAAUAUGGGCCGAGUCUACUGCCUGCGAGUCAUUUCCGAACGUCUGUCUGCCCGUCUUCGAGCUCAGCUGUACAAGCGAACCGUGACUCAGGACGCAGAGUUUUUCGAUGCCAACCGAGUCGGAGACCUGAUUUCGCGUCUGUCUACGGACGCCCAGGUCGUGGCCAAAUCUGUCACCAACAACAUGUCCGACGGUGUACGAUCUAUCAUCUCCGGUGUCGUUGGACUCGGAAUGAUGUCCUACGUCUCUCUCAAACUCGCCACGUUCAUGAUGCUGGUAGCCCCUCCCGUGGCUAUUAUCGCGGUUAUCUACGGAAAGAAGCUUCGACAUAUCUCUCGAGAGCUCCAGACCGCCGUCGGUGGUCUGACUAAGGUAUCAGAGGAACGUCUUGGUAAUAUUAGAACGGCCCAGUCCUUUGGAGGAGAAAUCCAGGAGGUACGGCUGUACAACUCCAAGAUUCGUGCCGUGUUUGACAUUGGUAAGAAGGAUGCUAUGGCCAACGGAAUGUUCCAUGGCUUCUUCUCUCUGUCUGGAAACAUGACCAUUUUGGCUCUUCUAGUUAUGGGUUCUCAAAUGGUAUCUACUGGCCAACUAUCUCUGGGAGACCUCACCUCCUUCAUGCUGUAUGCUGGAUACACAGGAGGAGCCAUGCACUCCGUCUCGUCUUUCUACUCGGAGCUCAUGAAGGGUGCUGGUGCUGCCUCUCGUCUGUUUGAACUGAACGACCGAGAGCCUGCCAUCAACGCCACUAAGGGCCCCCAUCUGGAGUCUGCCCGAGGCAACAUUGACUUCAACCAUGUCGCCUUUGCCUACCCCACCCGUCCCUCUCUGCCUAUUUUCACCGAUCUCAACUUCUCCAUCCCCGCUGGUUCCAACGUCUGUAUUGUCGGUCCUUCUGGAGGAGGAAAAUCCACCAUCACCUCCUUGCUGUUGCGAUUCUACGACCCCACCAAGGGUUACAUUAGCAUUGGAGGCAACAACAUUCGAGAUUUCAACGUUAGAUCGUUGCGAAAACAGAUUGGUGUGGUGUCCCAGGAACCUGUUCUCUUUUCUGGCACAAUUGCCUCCAACAUCAGAUACGGAAAGCCGGAGGCUACCCGAGAUGAGAUCAUUGAAGCUGCUCGAAAGGCUAAUUGCACGUUCCUGGCCGACUUCCCCCAGGGUAUUGACACCCAGGUUGGAGCUCGAGGAACCCAGUUGUCUGGAGGCCAGAAGCAGCGAAUUGCCAUUGCACGAGCUCUGAUUAAGAACCCAGCUAUUCUGAUUUUGGACGAAGCCACCUCUGCUCUGGAUACCGAUUCCGAGUCCUCUGUUAACGAGGCUCUGCAGCGACUCAUGGAUGGCAAUUCCACUACCAUCUCCAUUGCCCACCGACUGUCCACCAUCAAACGAGCUGAUCGAGUCAUCGUUCUCUCCAACGAAGGUACUGUCGCUGAGCAGGGCAAGUUCACCGAGCUCUACGCCAACCACGACUCUGCCCUGUCUAAUCUCCUGCGAGCCAAGGAGGAGGAGGAGGUUGCUGAGCCCAAGAUCACCGAGGGAGAAAAGGCCACCAUUGAGGGCGAGAUUGAGUCCGAGAUUUCCGAGGAGGAAGCCAAGGAUAUUGAGGAAAACAGAGGCAAUCUUAUCAAGAACUAG